CGCGACUUCAAAGGUCUCUACAGUAUUUUCACGUCCGAGGCUCAAAUUUGUACUGCUAUGAAUGGGCCUCAAAUCUCCCUUGUAUAUACAUCUCAUUUCUCGGCCUCACAUAUGCAAAUUCAGCCCUAUCAUUCGUCGCAACUUUAUACCACAUAGGGCCGCAGGAACGCAGUUUCGAGAUUGAGACCCAAACACUCCCUCGUUAACGUACACAGGGCUUCUGCGACAAUGACGGUCGAACAAGCCCAUCCGCAGACGAACUAUGACAGUGUCGUUCCUCAAAGCGAAGCGCCCGCCCUACAACCAACACCAGACCUCGCCCCCGCCAGAUCCCGCCCUCUUUCUGUCGCAGACACAGUGUCAACGAUAGGCGCCAAGAGCGCCAAUACAGCCCCGAUUCGGUCGAGCAAGACACUUGCUGCACAAACUAAAGUUGCCAUUCCUCGUCAACGGGUUGCACCUGCCCCGCGCUAUAAUCGACGAGUGCCUCGCGCUUGCGCAUCCUGCAGGCAGCGCAAGACGAAGUGCAGUGGUGACACCCCAGUUUGCCGCCAGUGUCGCGAGCUGAGGGCUACGUGCAACUACCCCGAGGGUUGGAGGGAGAGAACAAAAAAACAAGUUGAAAAUCUCUCGGAGAAAGCGCAAGAAUAUGAGAAUCUGCUAAAGGAGUUGGGUGGUAUGGUUGAGCUCAGUGCCGCGGAGCGGAUCAGGAGCUUGCUGGACAAGCAUGGUCCGGAAGUGGAUUAUUCGUCGCAUAAUUCCCGAUCUCAAUCAGCGACCCCUCAGGAUGACAUUCCAGAAAACGAUGAGCCAUCCUCGCCUUCGUCUAUUGGAUCUCUUGAGGCGAUUGACCGAGUAGAAGAGGACAUCAAUCGAUCAGAACAUACCAGAGCAACUGGUUAUAUGGGGAAAAACUCAGAAAUUACCUGGAUGCAACGGCUACAGAGAGAGGCAGAACAACGUGCCAAAGGUCUUCCGGGGAGUCUGGAGCCUGGCCAGGAUCUAAAGACUGAUGAUGCAGUAGCUCUGCAUGCAGUCAAUUAUCAUCUUGAUGACUUGGAUAUUUCCGUCCCCGGACCGGUACAGCUGUAUGCCAUGCCUCCUCGAGAGGUGGCGGAUCAUAUGUUCGAGGCUUAUUUGACUACCGUGCAUCCGUUCUACCCCAUCAUUAACAAACCUCUUUUCUCGGCACAGUACCGGACAUUCUUUGACAGCGCUGCUCGACCCGGUGACAAGUGGCUUGCUAUAUUGAACAUGAUAUUCGCAAUUGGGGCUAAACACGGCCAUCUCGUCGAGGCACCAUGGAGUGGGGACGAGAAGGACCACUUGGUAUAUCUGACCAGAGCUAGGAUCCUUAGUAUGAACGGUGAUGUCCUGUUCAGCCAUCCCGAUCUCCAGCAAGUCCAGGUGGAGGCCUUGAUUGCCUUCUACCUUCUCGCUUCUGGUCAAAUUAACCGGGCGUGGCGAAUCUCGGCUUUGGCAGUGCGGUCUGCAAUCACACUUGGAAUCAACAUGAAAAGCAGCAGUCCAACCACACCCGAUCUUUCGAAAGAAGCCCGUUACCGAGUCUGGUGGUGUCUUUAUACAUUUGAGCACAUGCUCGGAGUAAUGACUGGUCGGGCAACUUGUAUCCAGGACGGAGUGUGCACCUCGCCUUUCCCGAUUCCAUUCCAAGAAGAACAACUACAAGAUCCAGAUGCCCUCGAAGUACUCACAGACACAGCACUACGAGACGAACGAAUCAACAACGUCAUGGCAAGUGCAUCUAUUAGACAAAUGCCGUUCCACCCGGUUAAUGGUAAGGAUGCCAGUAACCACACUCGGGCACGAGACACCAAAUGGAUCAAAAACCUACCUGUCAACUACGGGCUCUGUUAUCUCUACUAUUGCGACUUGACAGUCGUCGUGCAAGAAAUUGUCUACAAAGUCUAUUCAGUAGACUGCGUGAUGGUACCAUGGACACAAAUCGAGAGCCGGAUUGGUGAACUCAAGUCCCGAAUCGAGGCAUGGAAAUCCAACCUUCCAACCGGGCUUGACUUCACACAGAAGGAAGACAAAGGACCGGAUAUCCUUCGCUGCAAACUGAACUUAGCGCUGCAUUACUACAGUGCGCGGAUCACAUUAGGCCGUCCCUGUCUCUGCCGGCGUGAUGCGCGCCAAAAGGGCUCGAACCCCUCCUUCAGUCACGAAAUGGCAGUGGUAACCCUGGAAUCUGCACGGCACAUGCUGAAUCUAAUUCCGGAUGAGCCGGAUGCUCUCCAACUGUACGGGAUUGCGCCAUGGUGGUGCAUCCUCCACUAUCUCAUGCAAGCUGCGACCGUUCUCCUCCUCGAGCUGUCCUUCGGCACCGUUCACAUGCCAGAAGAAGAAAAGAACUUCAUCAACCUGUCUAAGAAAGCAAUCCGCUGGCUCUUCGCAAUGUCAGAGCAGAGCAUUGCCUCCAGACGCGCCUGGCAGCUCUGCGACCUCAGCCUCCGCAAACUAGCCCAGGGCAUGAAGUACGACGUCAGCGACAUGCCUUCCUACCCAUACACUCCAGAGCCUACAAGCACUAUCAGCUCGGAACCGCCAUCCGACCAGCCCAUAUCGCAGACCACUGGCGACUACUGGGGCCCGCAACAAGAACACCCUCCGGUGUCUGUUCCGGAUGCACCGCCUGGUGAAGACCAAUAUGCCUAUCCGAACAUCUCGACCGCGGACCUGAUGGACUCGUUGACUGCCGAGGCCCAGGACUCAUACUUCCCUUAUGAUCCUAUCAGUGGGGAGUUUAUGCGUUCUUUCUUUCCUCAUUCCAAUGAGAAUGAGAACUGGGAAAAUUGAAUACAAUUAUCGUCCAUACUGAUGAAUGCCUUGUAUAUGAAACCACAAAAUAACACGCAAGAACACGACGACAAGAGAAUGCGAGUUCCCUGUCAUCAUCCUAUUCUUUUCGGCUGACUUUCCCACUUAUUGCCCGUUAACCCAACAUCAUAUCCCAUGUCCCUGUAUGCGACAUCUCAUUCCCAGCAGUAUACCUAGGAACCAUUUUUUUUUACCUAUUCAUCUCCCCAUCCUUAUUUCUUAUCCCUAUUUCUUAUCCCUAUUUCUUAUUCCUCCCCUUUCUUACUCAUGUUUAACUAACUUCCACCUCCACUUAAUGCGUAUGUGAUGUGAUACCUAUUUAUCUUUUGUCUUCAUUUUACGAAUCUGUUUCUUUCCCUUUGGUCUACCACAAAUAUCUCUUUGCAUUACAAAUGUGUUUAUGAUGGUCCACGGAUAUAGCACUACCGGGCUGCCUCAAAAGUGAUUCCCAUAUGAUAUCCAGAAACAACCGAAAACAAAACGCGCGUGAUAUUCUUCAGAUC